UUCAAGUCCACAGCGUAGAAAAAUUGAUGAAUAAAACAAAAAAAAAAAAAGUUUUUUUUCCACUAAAAAAAGAAACGGUAUUAUGUAUCAGUCACGGCGUUCAAUUAUUUGACAAAAUAAAAAUCGUAUAGAAAUAAUGGUCAUUCUCUCUUUCAAGUAUGCAAAGAAAACUCAACCAUGGAAAAAAGACUACUAUGUGCUUGGCUUGAAAAAUAUCUACUAUAUACCUAUCACAUUAAUUGUCACCCUAAAAUAUCUCCUUAAAGAAAGAAAAAAACAAUGGCUUUGGCACCAGUAGUACCAUGUACAGGCUGCAUCUUCCUUCUGUUUCAAUGGCUUCUUUUAGCAUUGACCAUGGCUGAAACUCAUAGAGAGAUAUCCUUGGGCUCAUCUCUCUCAACAAACGACAAUCACAACAUGUUUUGGGAAUCACAUUCAGGGGAGUUUGCCUUUGGUUUUCAGCAAGUUGGAAAGGGUGGUUUUCUUCUAGCCAUAUGGUUUAACAACAUACCUGAGAAAACCAUUGUUUGGUCUGCAAAUGGCAACACUCUUGCUAAACAAGGCUCCAAACUUGAACUGACCAACAAUGGCUUGCUUGUUCUCAAAACCCCAGAAGGAAAACAGAUGUGGGUUUCUCAAGGUGUUGCUGGCUCUGGUUCUAAAGUUGCCCAUGCAGCCAUGCUUGACACGGGGAAUUUUGUUCUUGCAGACCAGAAUUCUAUUAAUCUAUGGGAGAGUUUUGGUGAACCAACAGACACGUUAUUACCACUACAAACUUUGAGUCAAGGUAAGAAACUUGUUGCUCGAUAUUCAGACACAAAUUUUUCCAAAGGAAGAUUUCAGCUUAUGCUGCAACCUAGUGGAACUCUAGAGUUUUACACAACAACUUUCCCAUUAGAUGCUGCUAAUUAUGUGUACUGGUCGAGCAAACCGGUUAGUGGCUUUCAACUGGUGUUUAACCAAUCUGGGUCGAUUUAUUUGCAAGCAAAGAAUGGAGAAAUACUAAGUGUAUUAUCAUCAAAACCUUGUACAACUCAAGAUUUUUAUCAAAGGGUAAUACUUGAGUAUGAUGGUGUUUUCAGGCAUUAUGUCUAUCCAAAAAACGAUGGUCCAGAGACCAUAGGAUGGAGCAAGGAGUGGACUCAUUGUUCACCCUCCAUACCUUCAAAUAUUUGUACUAGUAUUCGGGAGGAUACAGGAGGUGGAGCUUGCGGGUUCAACAGCUACUGCAGCUUAGAAAAUGAGCAGAGACCAACUUGUAAUUGCCCGAAUGGUUACUCGUUUAUAGAUCAAAAUGAUGUGAUGAAAGGUUGCCAACCAAACUUUGAGGCUCAAAGUUGUGAUCAAGAAUCUGAAGAUGAAGAAAAUUUUAAUUUCAAUAUUAUGGAAAACACAGACUGGCCUCUAUCUGAUUAUGAGCAUUUUCAGUUUGUGGAUGAGAACUGGUGCAGGAAGGCUUGUUUGGGAGAUUGUUUUUGUGCUGUGGCAAUUUUUAGAAAUGGUGAGUGUUGGAAGAAAAAAACACCUCUUUCAAAUGGGAAGUUCGAUCCCAAUGAUGAGGGGAAAGCUCUAAUUAAAGUAAGAAUAGAUAAUUCUACUUCUGAUCAUCCCCACAAGAAAAAUGAUUCAAUACUAGUAGUUAUUGCAUCACUACUCUUUGGUAGCCCGGUCUUCCUUAUAAAUGUCCUUGUACUAAUACCAACACUAGUGGUUCUUUUACACUUGUAUAGAAAGGCAAAGGUUUCUAAACAAACCCAGUUCAUGCCAGGCAUGAAUUUGCAAAGUUUUACCUAUGCUGAGUUAGAAGAAGCCACAAGUGGUUUCAAGGAAGAGUUAGGAAGAGGUGCUUUCGCCAUUGUUUUCAAAGGGGUUCUUCCUUUAGAUGAUGGUAAUCUUGUUGCAGUGAAAAAGUUGGAUAAUAUUGUAAGAGAAGGAGAACAAGAAUUCAAAGCAGAAGUCAAUGCAAUUGGUAGAACAAAUCACAAGAAUUUGGUACAGCUAAUUGGGUUUUGCAAUGAGGAACAGCACAGACUACUUGUCUAUGAAUUCAUGAGCAAUGGCUCCUUAGCUAACUUCCUAUUUGGAUCAUCUUCUAGGCCAAGUUGGUAUCAAAGAAAGCAAAUUGCUCUAGGCAUUGCAAGAGGGCUAUUUUACUUGCAUGAAGAGUGCAGCAACCAAAUCAUACAUUGUGACAUAAAGCCUCACAAUGUUCUUUUAGAUGAUUUUUUCACUGCAAGAAUAGCUGAUUUUGGACUAGCUAAGCUACUAAAGACAGAGCAGACUAGAACCAUGACUGCACUAAGAGGAACCAAAGGGUAUGUGGCUCCUGAAUGGUUUCGAAACUUGCCAGUUUCAGUAAAGGUGGAUGUUUACAGCUAUGGAAUUAUGUUGUUAGAGAUCAUAUGCUGCAGAAAGAACUUUGAGCAAGAGAUAGAGGAAGAUCAAAUGGUAUUAGCUGAUUGGGCUUAUGAUUGUUAUAGAGAUGAUCAAUUGAGUUUGCUCUUGAAAAAUGAUCAUGAGGCUAUGAGUGACAUGGGAAAGGUGGAGAAAUAUGUAAUGGUUGCUAUAUGGUGCAUCCAAGAGGAUCCUUCAUUGAGACCAACAAUGAAAAAAGUUACACAAAUGCUUGAAGGAACAGUUGAGGUCUCAAUCCCACCAGAUCCAUAUUCCUUUAUCAGUUCACUUUAGAAGAUCAUUAUCCUCUGUAUGUUAGUUAAUUUGAAUUUACAUUCUUACGUUUGGUGUAAUAACAAUCACUUUUUUGGAUAAUGUUCUAUAUAUGAUGAGAUUUUUUUUAUGUUAUAUGGUA